AUUAUAUAACAUCACCUUAUAAAAUUGCCAUGUCUUCAGCCACUGAUCGUACCUGCUGCUCUGAAUGUCAAGAAUUUGUUUCAAAUGAUGGAGACACACACAUAGAAUCAAGACGAGAGCGUGCUAAGUUUGUUAGUGAUACAAAGGGUCUUGGUAGUCACCUUAAAAAGAUGUUUCAUAGAGGAGAUAUGCCAAUUCCCAGAUCAAUGAGUAGUCCUGAGGAUUCAACCCUUGAGGCAAUAAGAAACUGGGAAAGAACAAAAGGAAAGCGUGCACUUCUUUGUGGUGUAACUUAUGAAAGACAGAAGUAUAAACUUAAAGGACCUAACAAUGACGUGAUAAGCAUGCAAGAUCUACUAAUAAAACGGUUUGGGUUUCCAAGUCGCUCUAUCCAUAUUCUUGCAGAAAUGGACUCGUACCCUCAUCCAACAAAAAGAAAUAUUCAAGAAGCUUUGAGGUUUCUUGUACAGGAUAACCACAAAGGGGACUCGCUAGUGUUCUAUUUUUCAGGUCAUGGGUUAAGGCAACCUGACCUUUUUGAUGAUGAGAUUGAUGGGUUUGACGAAACAAUAUGUCCUUUAGAUUUUAGGACUGCAGGAAUGAUUGAUGAUAACGAGAUCAAUGAUACCAUUGUUAGACCUCUCAAAAAAGAUGUCAAACUUCAUGCGAUCAUCGACGCUUGUCAUAGUGGAACAAUUCUUGAUCUACCAUAUGCCUAUAGCAGAAACGAGUAUGAUUGGUUAGAUAACAACCCUCCUUCUGGUUUUUACAAAGGUACUAGUGGAGGACACGCCAUUUCUAUCAGUGCGUGCGAAGAUAAUCAACUUGCUGUAGAUACAUCUGCUUACUCAAACGAUGGAAAGCAAAUGGAAGGUGCUAUGACUUACAUUUUCAGAAAGGCAGUUUGGGGGAACACAAGACUGACUUAUGCUAGUCUCUUGGCUUCUAUGCAUAGAGAUAUUUUGGUUGCCAGACAAAAAUGUUUCAGUCUUCGAGGGAUAUUUCACCGUAACAGACUACAGGAACCCCUGCUAUCAUCUUCGAAAGUAUUUGAUCUAAACGAGCCGUUUGUAUUAUAAUUUCAUCACACCAAGGAGCCCCAAAGCUAACUUUGCAAUAAAACGGAUGUGUAUCCAAAUCCAGCUUUCAGAAUCUGAAGAGUGUUCCCAGACAUCAACUAUAAUCAUCUAUUCUUACAAACUUAUAGAUACAUGAGGUCUCCCGCAGUACACUUACAUCCAGGUUAAAAGCGGGUUGUACUAAUGUAUAGGGAAUUCUUUUUACCACAUCGGGUGUUAAUUCUAUUUUGUUUGGUUUGAUGUGUUAUUUGUGAGUGCCAUGGGCAUCUGCUUCUUUAUCUGAAUGUAUGAAAAGGGCAACUAAUAAUAGAUUCGUUUCACUAUUCUUAGGUAACUA